AUGGUGGAGGACUACCUGGCAAAUUCUUAUCAGGAUUCAGUGACGUUUGAUGAUGUGGCUGUGGAGUUCACCCCAGAGGAGUGGGCUUUACUGGACACAACUGAGAAAUGCCUCUACAGAGAUGUGAUGUUGGAGAACUAUGUGAACCUGGCCUCUGUGGUUUUCUGCUUAACUUCAGAAUGGGAAAUACAACCUAGAACCAAAUGGUCAUCACUUCAGCAGGGUUUUUUGAGGAAUCCAAUAUUCAAUGGGAUACAAAUGCAGACAUGAAGCUACAGUGGAUGGAAACUCUGUGAGAAUUGUGGAGAGGUCUUCAGUGAAUGGUUUUGCCUUAAGACACACAUGAGAGCUCAGAAUGGAGGGAACAUUUUUGAGGGUAAUUGUUAUGGAAAAGACAUCCUCAGUGUGCACAAGGAAGCCUCUAUUGCACAGGAACUUUCCAAAUUUAAUCCAUGUGGAAAAGUCUUCACCUUAACUCCAGAUCUUGCUGCACAUCUUGGAAUUCUCAAUGCAAGACAACCCUACAAAUGUAAGGAAUGUAAAAAAGGCUUUAAGUAUUUUGCAAGCCUUGAUAAUCACAUGGGAAUCCACAUUGGAGAGAAACUCUGUGAAUUUCAGGAAUGUAGGAGAGCCAUCACUCAUUCCUCACACCUAAAGCAGUGUGUAACAGUUCAUACUGAAAAGAAAUCUAAAAAGACUAAGAAACAUGGGAAAUCCUUCACUAAUUUUUCUAAACUUUCUGCACAUGUGAAAAUUCAUAAAGGAGAGAAGUCCUUUGAAUGUAAAGAAUGUGGAAGAUCCUUUAGAAAUUUCUCAUCCUUUAAUGUUCACAUUCAAAUUCACACUGGAAUAAAAUCACACAAAUAUACGGAAUGUGGGAAAGCCUUCACUAGGUCAACUCACCUUACUCAACAUGUAAGAACUCACACUGGAAUAAAACCCUAUGAAUGUAAGGAAUGUGGCCAAGCCUUCACUCAGUACACGUGCCUUGCUAUACACAUACGAAAUCACACUGGAGAGAAACCCUAUCAGUGUAAGGAAUGUGGGAAAGCCUUCAAUGGAUCCUCAACCCUUAUUCAACAUAAAAGAAUUCACACAGGAGAGAAGCCUUAUGGAUGUGUUGAAUGUGGGAAGACCUUCAUUCCUUCUUCCGAUCGUAGUAAACAUUUGAAAACUCACCAUGAAGAAAGGCCCUUUGUAUGCAAGAUAUGUGGGAAAGCAUUUCUAUAUUCCUCACCCCUUAAUGUUCACCUGCGAACUCAUACCAGAGACAAAGCCUUCGUAUGUAAAGAAUGUGGGAAAGCUUUUGCUGUUUCCUCACACCUAAGUAGACAUGAAAGAAUUCACACUGGGGAGGAACGCUAUGAAUAUAAGGGUAUGAAUGUUACCAUUUAG